AUGGCAUCCCCGGCUUACCGAAUACGACCGGCCCUCCUCAGUUGCGCUGCCACUGGCCGCCGGUCUAUGACCACCAAUGCAACGGACGCCGCUUCCAAACUUGUCGAGACCUUUGUUGGCAAAGAUGUCAUUCGCAAACAGGUCCUCGAUUCCAAUCAGCUCCAACGCCUCAGCUUGACCCUUAACCGUAAACAACUGCAUCCGGGGCAGGAUGUCUCCAUAGACGCCCCGGUGCAGGGAACGCCGCUACCACCAGGUUAUCACCUUGUCUAUUUCACCCCAGCAGGCGUCGAGAGCGAGCUAGGCAUGGACGGAACGGACAAAACUUUUAACGCUCCCGCACCGUUUACACGGCGGAUGUGGGCCGGGGGGAAGAUGCAGUUUCUCGAGGGGACUUCCCUCAAGGUUGGUGAGGAGGUCGAAGAGCGGACAAGGCUCAAGGCAGCGACGCCGAAGAAGAGUAGGAGUGGGGAUGAGAUGGUGCUGGUUGACGUCGAGAAGGAGUUUUGGGGUCAUGAUGGUUUGGUUGUCAAGGACCAAAGAUCAUGGAUCUUCCGCCCGGAGGUCAACGUCUCUCAAGCCGCAAAGACGGCACCACCGCGCAGCGACCGGCCGUUAGCUUUUGGACCCUCCACAAUCACCGACCUAAAAGGCGCAGACGGCAGCGCAGUCCGCCACCUUCGAUGGUCACCAGUUGGCCUCUUUCGUUUUUCCGCCCUGACCUUCAACGGCCACAUGAUUCACUACAACGAGCCCUGGACCAAGGACAUUGAACGCCACCCGGAUGUUGUGGUCCACGGGCCGUUGAACCUGAUCAACAUGCUCGACUACUGGCGAGACUUGUAUGGACACGAUGGUAGGGAAGUACGACAAGUUGGAUACAGGGCCAUGUCACCACUUUAUGCGGGUGACGAGUACACCAUUCGCACAGCGGCUAUUGGGAGUGACAAGAACUUUGAGAUCCUGGUAGAGAAGGGCGGUGCCGUCUGCAUGAAGGGUGAAAUCAUUGGCAGCUAG